AUGGGGGGACACCUGAAGGCAGAGCUGCAGAACAUGCAGGAUGUUGUGGAAGACUUCAAAAACAAGUACCAAGAUGAAAUUAACCAUCCGGCUGCUGAGAAUGAGUUUCUGGUGCUGAAAAAGGACACGGACGCUGCCUGCAUGAACAAGGUGAAUUUGGAGGCCAAGGCAGAUGACCUGACCCAUGAGAUCAACUUCAAGACCUUCUAUGAGACAGAGUUGGCAGAGCUGCAGUCCCAGAUCUCAGACAUAUCUGUGGUGCUGUCCAUGGACAACAGCCACUGUCUGGACCUGGAUGGCAUCAUCGCUGAGGUCAAGGACCAGAAGAGGUGGCCAACUGCAGCUGAGCUGAGGUUAAGCCUGAGGCUACAGGCUGAGAUCAACAGCAUCAAGAACCAGUGUGCUAAGUUGGAUGCUGCCAUUGCUGAGGCUGAAAAACACGGGAAGCUGGCACAUAGGGAUGCACACGCAAAGCAGGAGGAGCUGGCGGCUGCCCUGCAGCAAGCCGAGCAGGACAUGGCAUGGCCACUGUGUGAGUACCCAGGGCUCAUGGACGUCAAGAUGGCCCUACCCCAAGCUGCUGGAGGGUGA